CAAUCAUGAAUGUGAAAUGGUAUGAUCGUGUCACCAAUGCUGCAGUUCUUGACCGAGCUUGCCUGACAAGUAUCGAGGCUAUGUUACAUCAAAAUAGACUAAGGUGGUACAGACAUGUGGUGAGAAUGGAUGCACAACGUCUCCCAAAGCAACUUCUCUUCAGUCAACUCUCUACUGGAACACGUUGUGUUGGUGCUCCUAAGAAGAGGUACAAGGAUGCCCUUAAAAAAGCUUUAAAGACUGCAAGAUUGAUGACUGGUUUACAGCCCCAGCAGAUUGGUUUGGCAGUAGAGAACGGUUUGCAAUGGCAUCAAGACCUUUGAGACCAAUAGACGGAAAGCUGAAGAGGAAAGACGUGCAAAGCGAAAAGCUGCUGAAGCUCAUCAUCGUAAUUACGUUUGUGGGUUUACCGUCCAAACGAGAUCACAUGGGAUUACCUUUCACAGGUGAGACUGGAAAAAUACUUUUCAAUACUGUUCCUUCAGUCUUCAGUUUCCCAGCUCAUCUCCACCGGGUUCGCAAUCUGUCAACAACAUGGACAUCCAGUCGAGGAGAUGCCAAACGACAAGUCCUGGAAACCAUAAAACAUUUAAAGAUACCAGAGAGGACGUGCUGGCAUGGUCAUGCAGGGGGAGGCCUGAGUGCAGAUCCAAAAAAUUUGCUAAAGGAGGUGGACUCCGCCAAGAUCCUAUCAGCCAUGUUUGCAUAUGUUUGGCCUAAGGAUCGACCAGAUCUGCGAGCUCGAGUGGCCAUCUCACUUGGCUUGCUUGCCGGAGCUAAGCUCACCAACGUGAUGGUGCCCUUCAUGUUUAAAUAUGCAGUAGACAGUCUGAACCAGAUGUCUGGACACAUGUUGAACCUCAGCGACGCGCCAAACACGGUGGCCACUAUGGCAACGGCCAUUCUCAUUGGCUACGGUGUGUCUCGAGCGGGUUCAGCACUCUUCAACGAGCUUCGUAAUGCUGUAUUUGGUAAGGUGGCACAGAGCUCUAUCCGACGCAUUGCCAAGAAUGUCUUCCUACACCUGCACAGCCUGGACUUGGCAUUCCACCUGAGCCGGCAGACAGGCGCCCUGUCUAAGGCUAUUGACCGAGGCACACGCGGCAUCAGUUUCGUGCUCAGCGCCCUCGUUUUUAAUCUCGGACCCACAGCAUUUGAGAUGGCACUAGUCAGUGCCAUCCUGUAUUAUAAAUGCGGCGGUCAAUUUGCUCUCGUCACUCUGGGGACCUUAUCGGCGUACACGCUCUUCACUAUUGCAGUUACACAAUGGAGGACCCAGUACAGGAUAGCAAUGAAUAAGGCGGAUAAUGAAGCAGGCAAUGCGGCCAUCGACUCGCUCCUUAAUUACGAGACUGUAAAGUACUUCAACAACGAGAAAUAUGAAGCAGAGAGAUAUGACAACUUUCUGAAAAUCUAUGAGUCCUCUUCAUUGAAGACUACCUCGACCCUGGCCAUGCUAAACUUUGGACAGAGCGCAAUAUUCAGCAUCGGGCUUACGGCUAUCAUGGUGCUAGCUAGCAAGGGCAUAAUAGCAGGAACCAUGACUGUGGGAGAUCUGGUGAUGGUAAAUGGACUUCUCUUUCAGCUGUCAAUGCCCCUCAACUUUCUGGGCACAGUGUACAGAGAGACCAGACAGGCUCUCAUUGACAUGAACACGCUGUUCAACUUGCUCAGUGUGGAUACCAGGAUUAAGGAGAGAGACCUGGCCCCCCCACUGCUUAUUACCCCACAGGAGGCCUCCAUCCUCUUCGAGGAUGUCUACUUUGAGUAUAUGGAGGGGCAAAAGGUCCUCAAUGGGGUUUCCUUUGAAGUACCAGUUGGGAAAAAAGUGGCCAUUGUUGGUGGGAGUGGAUCUGGGAAGAGCACCAUUGUACGGUUGCUGUUUCGCUUCUAUGAACCCCAACGAGGUAACAUCUAUAUUGCAGGCCAGAACAUUCGAGAUGUCAGCCUGGAGAGCUUAAGAAAAGCUCUGGGUGUGGUACCUCAGGAUGCAGUCCUCUUCCACAACACCAUCUUUUACAAUCUGCAGUACGGGAACAUCAACGCCCCGCCAGAGGAAGUAUAUAGAGUAGCCAAGCUUGCUGGCAUCCAUGAUGCCAUCCUCAAAAUGCCUCAUGGAUACGAGACACAGGUUGGAGAGCGAGGCUUGAAACUCUCAGGUGGAGAAAAACAGCGUGUGGCUAUCGCCAGGGCAAUCCUGAAGAACCCUCCUAUCCUGCUGUAUGACGAGGCAACUUCCUCCCUCGACUCCAUUACUGAAGAGAACAUUCUGAGCUCCAUGAAAGAAAUGGUUACUAACAGAACAUCGGUCUUCAUUGCCCACCGGCUGUCCACCAUUGUGGAUGCAGAUGAGAUUAUUGUGCUGAAUCAGAUGCCGAAUACUAUUGACAAGCGAGAUGAAGCGAAGGGUAAGGUGGCAGAGCGGGGUGAUCACCACACACUCCUGAGCACUCCAGGCAGCCUGUAUGCUGAUCUGUGGCGCACACAGAACAGCAAAGUGCUAAACGACAACAGAGACAGGACACAGCCUGCUCCAGCAGAGAGAGUCUCACAGAAGGAGGAGGAGCGCAGGAAGCUGCAGGAGGAGAUCCUCAACAGCGUCAAGGGCUGCGGCAACUGCUCCUGCUGAGACACACACACCCCAGUUGUUUUUUGUUGAGUCAGACUUGGUGGGAACAUGUAUGCACAUAGGCAUGCCUAUGACAGACUUUAUCUGCUCAUGUGCCUGGGUUUAGACUGAACCCAGCAGUGUUGAUGGACUCUGGAGGUCCAGCAGGUCUCCUGGCUUGGUAUGGUAUUCUGUAAUCUUUAUCAUGUACACUAUACCUGCCUUUCUCUUAACACAUUAUAUAGGUGUUUGAACUUUUAAAAUUUUCUCCAUGUGGAAAAGCCUUUUUAUCAUGGAUGUGUACAUAUAAAUAUAACGUGCGAUGGGUUUGUACAAGAGAGAAGAAUCACAUUGUACAGAUGUACACAUGUCUCUGAUGGCUAUUUUGUAAGUGAAAUACUGACUGGAUGUAACAGGAACAGUUUGUGUCCUUUUGAAUAUAGCAUUGCGUGUCUUGUUAUAUCAGGUGUUUGUACCAACAUUUUCAUAAAAGAUGAUGGGUUAUUUAAGAGGACAUAAUGAUUUUUCACAUUCCUCAUUACAUAUCAACAGCAGAAUUGACCCCAGCUUUGAUUUGCUUGUUGUGAGCAAUAUUCAACAUAAUGGGUAUUUACUUAGGACUGUUUUUAUUUUUUCCCCAUUAGCUCAAUUUAUAGAUAUAUUGACUGGAAAUAUUGUCAAAAAGCAAUAAAUAUGUAAUUCAACUCAAAAUCCGCCUUUAUAGUAGUGUAUCGUGACUUCUCAUUGAAUGACACUUGUGUUAAAAUGCAGUGAUGUGUUAAUUUAAGUAUUCUGAAAUUUGAAUUGGAAAUGACCUACUAUAAGGGUAAUUCUCUUUAAAAACUUUUUCCUUAGUUGUCCCAUCAUAGUGAGGCAUUGCAUUUCUGGCCAUAAAAGCCAGGAGCAAAGGCAACUGUUGUAAUGGAAAUAAAAGCUCAAAUAAUUAUGGCAAUUUCA